AUGUCUGCUUUAUUGCCACCACAGCAUACAGUCUUUAUAGCAGCAGACUUAGACACGGUCAGCAUGUCCCUGAAGCUCCCUCCAGAAAGAGUGCUUACCCUUCGACAACAAAUUGUGGAUCUCCUGUCAAGACAAAAAGCACCGGCAUCACAGAUUCUCAAAUUGCUCGGCACUAUGGCAGCAGCGAUUAUUGCAAUACCCCUUGUUCUGCAUUAUGUGAAAAACAUCCAUUUUACAACCAAGACAGGGGAUGAGGUAUUUUUUGAUGGAAAUGGAGAUGCAGUGGCAGCAUAUAACAUCAUUAAUUUACAGAUUUUUUCAGACCAUCUGUACAAGCUGGAAAAGGUGGGAAGAAUAGACCCGUGGGCAAGUCAAGGAAAAGAAAUUGUUAUUGAUGUGAAUGCAGUCAUUUGGAAUGAGCAUUACACUCAGAUUCCUACAUCUGUUUGCAGUAAAAGUUGUACAAUGGGUCACAGAAAAAUUGUGAACCCUGGGAAGCCACCUUGUUGUUUUGACUGUGUUCCAUGCUCCACUGGAGAAAUUGCAAAUGAAACUGAUUCAGCUAACUGCUUGAUGUGCCCAGAAGAUCAGUGGACUACUGACACACAUGACAAGUGCAUUGAAAAGGACAUUGAAUUCUUAUCAUAUGAAGAACCUCUAGGCAAAUUUCUGGCUGGCAUUGCUGUGACAUUUUUUUUAAUGACAUUAUCUGUCUUGCUCAUUUUCAUUAAGUACAAGGACACUCCAAUUGUGAAGGCUAACAACCGCAGUUUGAGUUACUUCCUUCUACUAUCUCUCAUGUUUUGCUUCCUCUGUACUUUGUUAUUCAUUGGUUACCCCCUGAAACUGACAUGCACGUUCCAACAACCUGUGUUUGGAAUUAUUUUUUCCAUCUGCAUAUCAUCUGUGCUUGCUAAAACUGUAACGGUGAUCAUUGCCUUUAAAGCAACAAAGCCCGAGAGUAUAAUAAAGAAGAGGGCAAGAUUACUAACACCCAAAAUUAUAACAGUUACAUGUCCACUUAUACAAGUCAUUAUAUGUACUGUUUGGUUAAUUGUAUCUUGCCCAUUCCCAUAUCUGAAUGCAAAGUCUAACCACAGACGUAUAAUAGCUGAGUGCAAUGAAGGGAGCAAAGUGUUUUUCUAUGUCAUGCUGGGAUACACUGGAAGUUUAGCUAUAAUGUCAUUCAUUGUGGCUUUCCUAGCCAGGAAGCUACCUGGAAGCUUUAAUGAAGCUAAGCAUAUAACCUUUAGUUUGCUUAUAUUUGUUAGUGUCUGGAUACUGUUUAUACCUGCAUACCUUAGCACACAAGGCAAAUAUACAACAGCAGUAGAGAUAUUUGCCAUUUUAUCAUCUAGUGCUGCAUUGCUUGGUUGCAUAUUUUUUGGCAGGUGUUACAUUAUAUUGAUAAGGCCUGAAAAGAACAACAAAGAUCAUCUGCGAGGAAAAGAUGGUCUCAGAAAUAAAAUAUACAGUAAUAAUUAA